AUGUCGUUGAUAAAGAUUUUAUUGCUCUUAAUUUUAUGGAAAUCUAGUGAUGCCUUGCUUAUCAGACCUAUCAAUGUUUAUCAGAACAUCAUUGCUGAUAUGCAUGAAAGGUAUAAAUUUGAUGCUCUAACUUUACUCCAUGGUCAUACACAUUACAAUCCGUAUGAAGACAUCGAACUUGCUACAAAAGUGGUGAAACUUCAAAUUCAUUUUGCUAGACUUUUGAUCCCCACCGCUGUUAUGAGCAUAGAACUUUUUAAAAUACAAAAAAUGCCACGUAUGAAUGACUUUCAAAAACCUUUCUUCGUUUUUCUGAAUGAUUUUGAUGAUUUAAAAAAUCAAUUAACUCCAGAACUUCUUACAAUGAUGGCACAUCCAGAACGAGUUUCAUUGAUUUUCUUCAGGGAUAAAACAAAAGCAGAGAAAUUUUUUGAAAACAUGUAUAUUCCACUCAAUUGUCAAUUUAUGGUAUCUCAGAGGAACCAAAGUGAUGAAAAAAAUGAAAUUAUUACUGAAGUUUAUCGAUUUUCUGAGCAUGAUAAGUUAAAGCAAGAUUUUUUGACAUUAUGGAAUCCUGUCACUGGCAUGAAACUACCUAAAAUGUUUCUUCAUCAUCGACGAAAAAAUUUCCGUGGACAUAAUAUCAACGUUGGUUGGGUAAAAGAUUGGUUUUUGAGAAAUCCCCUUCAUCCUAAUAAGGUAGAAAAUGGUAUUGGUAUCUACAUAAUCCGUGCAUUGCAAAAAGAGACUGGAGUGAGUGUUACAUCUCAUAAAAUACAAAAAAUGGGUACUUGUUAUGACAAUAACACUUGUACUUAUGCUGUUAGCAAAUUAGUCUCAAAGGAACUUGAUGUCAUUGGCCAACCAGUAUCAACUUUUCGAAAUUUCAUUUCUAAUAAUUACGUGGAUUGUUCAAUGACAUGUUUUGUCGCAUGUAACAAAAUAUACUACCAAAAACCUCCAAAUUCAUUCAAGUGGGUAACAUAUAAAGAAUUACUACAACAUAAUGUAUGGCGAGCUCUGGGGAUCCAUAUGUUGAUGACUAGUAUAACAAUUAUAUUCAUCGAAUAUAAGCAAAAAGUGAUAUUUUUGGGAGAGAAAUUCAAAAAUAUAAUACCACUAAAUGUGCUAGAUAUUUGUUUCCGAGUAUACACCAUGUUGACUAAUCAAAGUGUUCCAUAUUCUAAAUAUAAUCCAAUUCAAAUACUUCAAUUUAUUACUUAUGUGCUAUUUAUUGUUAUAUAUGCAGUGUACUCUGCUAAACUGAGCAAAGGUAAAUUAUUCUUAAGUGAUAUGUAA